GUAUUUUUCACAUUUUCUGUCUCUCUCAUGAUUUAUGAUGAAUUGGAUGCAACAUCCACAUUCAUUGUCAUCAUGUCCACAUUAAGACAAGCAAUCAUUCCAGCAAAACUAAAAUCAACAAAAUGAAAGAAAAAUUAACUAUCGUUUCUUAAAUUUUGUUCGCCAUCGUCAGAACAUCUCAUUCGUCAAUCAACCAUCGACUAAUCAACCAAUCAAUUUAUGAAGCAAAACCAAAAACUUCGAUUUGAAUUGUAUGAAAAGUGUCACACACAGACAAAUUCUCCCUUUCUUUCCCUCUUUCUUUGUUGCUCCUUAAAUCCUCAUCUUCCACAUUCAUCCACUUCCAUCAGUUUUGCUUUGAUUUUCCUUUCUUUUUCUCGUUUUUGAUUUCGUGAAUAUAAUAUGAUUUCGGACCAAAAAAAAAAAAUGCUAAUAAAAGAUACGUGUGGUAAAUGCAUUCCGUAGUGGAAUCGAUCGUAAAGUACCCUCACCAAUAUUACGUCGUGCCGCUGCAAUGAAAUCAUUAUCGAUGGAUGCCGGUAGCUAUGGCAGUUAUUCAAAUCUAUUUCCAUCAUCAACAUCGACAACAGGAUUUGGACGUGGUGCAAUCACCACAACGGUUACAAAACCAAUUCAUCCACAACAUCAACAUCAGCAUCAUUAUCAUAAUCAACAACAACAACAACAACAACAUCCAUCAUCGGCGGCCGCAACAAGCACAAAUGAUGUAAAACCGCGGCUACCAAAAUCAGGUGAAAGUACUGAUCUAGAUGGUUUACAGGAUGAUCAGAUCGAAGCAUUAUUACGUUCAGAAACGGAACAAGCAUUAGAAGGUGAUAUGAUGGAUGAUUUUGAUGAUAAAACAGAUAAUAGUCUUGCAACAAUUGUCUAUACGAAUAAAACACAAAAUGAUAACAUCAUUAUCAAUGGGAAUGCGGGCAAUCAAUCACAAUCACAAUCACAACAAGUGUCAAAUAAAAAUAUUCAUCAGAUAAGUAAUGAUGCUUCCAAUGACGAUUCUCAUGAUUCAUCAUUUGCAUCUCCAUUAUCAUCACAAUCACAUACACAAUCGAUUCAAACUUCGAAACCAAUAAGUGCAUCAACUAAUUCAGCAACAGCAGCAGCAUUAGCAACAGAUACAUCGGCAACAUCGACAACGACAAAGCUCAGUUCAUCAUCAUCAUCAUCAUCACCGCCACCACCACAACCAACAACCACAACGCCUACAUCAUCAUCGUUAGAGACACCUGUUUAAAAUUGUUUAUUGUUUGAAAUGACAACGAAUUCUAUCUAUCUUUCUAGCAAUUUUGGAUAUAAUUUUUAUCAAAUUUAAAAAAAAACUUUUUCUCUGUCAACACUGUGGCCAUAUAGAAAUCAAUUAUUUUUGCCUAUCAAUUUGAAUCAAUCAAUCAAUCAAUGAAGAAUCACGAGAAUUAAUGUACAACAAAUUCUUCUAUGUAUAGAUGAAACUUUUUCUCUCAAUCCAUUCGAUCAAUCGGUGAAUAUAUAGUCAACGGAAGAAAUAAAUCGACACAUCAUCAUCAUGUUCAGGAAUAACAGGAAUUAUUUGAGAGUCGAAAAAAAUAUAUACCAAAUCUGGUCUUGAAGAAUUUUUGCUAGAAACA